AGCUCAAAUCCGCUCUCGCGCUGUUCUGCGGAGUAAAACGUACACGAGUGGAGCGCGUGUGAGUGUGCGCGUGCGUGUGUUACUGUAGACAUCCUGUAAAGAGUUGUGCAGCUGCGGGACAUCUGAACGCCAAAAAAAAAAAGGAUUAAAAACACAAUCUAAACGCUCUCCAGAGGAAAAAAUGUUGUGUGUGCGGAAUACGGGUGACUGCUUCGGGGACCAGAUGCGGUACAUGAUCCGUUCCAUGCAAGACCUGAAGCAACUGCGGGAGCCCCGCGAACCCCAGAAGUGCUCUUACGCGGUCACACGGGCUUGCCAUCGGAGAGCGCGACAGAGGGAACACAUGGCCCGUUUGCGGAUCUCCCAGUCCAGUGAAGGCAGCGCCUACGACUCAGCUUGCUGUCUGGCGAGUCCACUGGAGGAAGAACGGGACGAAGAUGACGCAGUGGGUCAUCUGCCUCGCGAUUCGCCCUGCAGUGAGAAGAGCGUCGACUUCGAUUCGGGAUAUUCCGAGGCAUCUUGGCAGGACGAGGGUGUAAUUCUGCGCCGUACGAGGAAUGUCCGUGUUUCGUCUUCCGCUUGCGUGCGCACAAACCGCAUUCGGCCCAAAUCGACCUCGGACGCAUGCCUGGAGCGUUGGACCUCAUUUGAGGCCAGUGAACCCGAGGACUGGACCACAUCCCUGUUAACAAGAGGGCGUAACAGGCAGCCUCUCGUGCUGGGAGACAACAGCUUUGCAGACCUCAUUAAAAACUGGAUGGACCUUCCUGAGUGUCCUGAUGCGGCUGAUUUAAAGCCCAACCCUAGUAGCAGACUAGCCAAAGAUUUUCUGGUCAACGUGAGGCGGAAAAUAGCACUUGUGUCCAAGGGAAUAGAAGGACGAGGAAAGUCUGCAGAGCCGUCCACAAAGCGAAUGUCAUGUCCUGUAGGGUUUCAGAUUCCAAAGCCCUUCUUUCACCAAUCACACACCGGGCUGCACCAGUCAGAAACGGACUUUUACCGGUUCCGUGCUUUGACGAAGAGUGGGAGCAGACAGCCGAUCAUAUGCAACGACAUUAUCGGCUAUAUCUAAUGCCUAACAAAGGAUUCCAAGACUGGCCAAUAAUCAGAAUAAUUUUAUAUAUAUAUUAAAGCAUGUGUAAAUACAAUGCAAACAGAAAUAAAUGUUUCUGAAAAACACCA